AUGUCGGAAACGGACUCGACGCCCCCAGAUUUGGGGGUAGUUCUCUCUUCAAAUACCUCGGCUAUUCCAACUGGGAGCAAUCAGACUGGCGAAGAUCACACGACGAAUGAACAGGGAGUCAUUUUCUUGGAACAUUGGACUUCCACUUUCAUCGCUGGCAUCUGCACCGUCCUUGCAAUAGCGCUGACGUGCCACCAGAUUUACAAACAUGUUCUAAACUACACAACGCCAAAAGAACAAUCUUGGAUCAUCCGAGUUCUAUUUAUCGUGCCAAUGUACACUUUCUGCAGCUGGCUCAGUUUGUUUUUCUUUGGAGUUUCUGACGAUUAUUAUGUCUACUUCAAUGCGGUGCGAGAUUGUUACGAAGCAUUUGUGAUUUAUUCUUUCUUGUCGCUUUGUUACGAUGGAUACUUGGGCGGCGAGAAUAAUAUUGCCAACGAAAUAUCGGGCAAACCGAUGCAUACAAGUUGGUUGAUGUGCAAUUGCUGCCUGAAAGAAAAGGAGUACGACUUGCGCUUUCUACGAUUUUGUAAACGUAGCUGCCUCCAAUUCUGUUUCAUCAAGCCGCCAAUGGCCAUCAUUACCAUCAUUCUCGCUUCACAAGACAAAUACAAUGAGGGCAAUUGGUCUCCCAAAGAAGGGUAUCUCUACAUCUGUAUCAUCUACAAUAUCUCCGUUUCCCUUGCUCUCUACGCCCUUGUUGCUUUCUACGCUGCCACUGCUGAUAUCCUCCGCCCCUACGAUCCAAUCCUCAAGUUCUUCUGCGUCAAGUCUGUGAUUUUUCUGUCAUUCUGGCAAGGAGUCGCUCUCGCCGUCUUGGAAGCCAUACACGUCAUUGGCAACGUAACAGAUGAAAAUGGCGAGGAAAAAUACACUUCUGGUGCCAUCGCCGGCGGAUACCAAAAUUUUCUCAUUUGCUGCGAGUUUCUUCUAGCGGCGAUUAUGCUGAGAUAUGCUUUCCCCUACAAACUUUACGCUGAGCGUAAAACAACUGGAGUCGUCUCUGAAACGAAUGCAUCCGAGAAUUUCAGAAAUGUGCUCAAUACGCGGGACAUAUGGAGUGAUACAGUGAAGAAUUUCUCGACAAGUUACAGUAACUACGCGCACAUAGACGACGGUGACUCGGUUUCGCGAAGCGAACAGCCAAUUUAA